UCAACAGAUGACGGGAAGACGAGCUUCUGGUUAGAGGAUACCUGCCUGGAGUCAAGGCCUCCUGUGUGCCAUGAGGGGCCCCGGCUUCAUCGCCUGGCUGGUCUCCAGCCUGGGCAUGUGGAGGCUCGGCCAGCCGGCGCGGGAGCCUUCUCAGUGCCAGCGGGCGGAGCACCCGGUCGUCUCCUAUGAAGAAAUUGCCCCCUGGUUACGGGAGUUCAGAGUGAAGGAUGCUGUGGAUUUCUCGCAGUUAACAUUUGACCCAGGACAGAAAGAACUUGUUGUAGGAGCAAGGAACUACCUCUUCAGGUUGCAGCUUGAGGACCUCUCUCUGAUUCAAGCUGUCGAGUGGGAGUGUGAUGAAGCUACCAAGAAGGCCUGCUACAGCAAGGGCAAGUCUAAGGAGGAAUGUCAGAACUACAUCCGAGUGCUUCUGGUGGGUGGUGACCGGCUGUUCACCUGCGGGACCAACGCCUUCACGCCUGUCUGCACCAACCGCACGCUGAGCAACCUGACCGAGAUCCACGAUCAGAUCAGUGGCAUGGCCCGCUGUCCCUACAGCCCCCAGCACAACUCCACGGCGCUGCUCACGGCUGGUGGGGAGCUCUACGCCGCCACUGCCAUGGACUUCCCGGGACGUGACCCUGCCAUCUACCGGAGCCUGGGAGUCCUGCCUCCUCUCCGCACGGCGCAGUACAACUCCAAGUGGCUCAACGAACCGAACUUUGUGUCAUCUUACGACAUCGGGAAUUUCACCUACUUCUUUUUCCGAGAAAAUGCUGUGGAACAUGACUGUGGGAAAACGGUGUUCUCCCGUGCAGCCCGGGUCUGCAAGAACGACCUCGGGGGCCGCUUCCUUCUGGAGGACACCUGGACCACGUUCAUGAAGGCACGUCUCAACUGCUCGCGCCCCGGCGAGGUCCCGUUCUACUACAACGAGCUGCAGAGCACCUUCCUCCUGCCCGAGCUGGACCUCCUCUACGGCAUCUUCACCACCAACGUGAACAGCAUCGCCGCCUCGGCCGUGUGCAUCUUCAACCUCAGCGCCAUCUCACAGGCCUUCAACGGGCCCUUCAAGUACCAGGAGAACUCGCGCUCUGCCUGGCUGCCGUAUCCCAACCCCAACCCCAACUUCCAGUGUGGCACCGUGGACCAGGGUCUGUACGUGAACCUGACCGAGAGGAACCUGCAGGAUGCCCAGAAGUUCAUCCUGAUGCAUGAGGUGGUACAGCCUGUGACUGCAGUCCCUGCCUUCAUGGAGGACAACAGCCGCUUGUCCCACGUUGCCGUGGAUGUGGUGCAGGGCAGGGACCUGCUCGUCCACAUCAUGUACCUGGCCACAGAUCACGGCACCAUAAAGAAGGUGCGGGCACCCCUUGGCCCAGCCGCGGGCAGCUGCCUGCUGGAGGAGGUGGAGCUGUUCCCCGAGCGGCGGACGGAGCCCGUGCGCAGCCUCCGGAUCCUGCACAGCCGGAGCGUCUUAUUCGUGGGCCUGCGUGAGCACGUGGCCAAGAUCCCGCUAAAGAGAUGCCACUUCCACAAAACACGCAGUGCCUGCAUCGGGGCCCAGGACCCGUACUGUGGCUGGGACGUGGCGCUGAAGAAGUGCAUGAGCCUUGAGGAGAGCCUGAGCAUGGUGCAGUGGGAGCAGACCAUCUCUGCGUGUCCUACCAGGAACCUCACCGUGGAUGGGCAGUUCAGCCCGUGGUCCCCGUGGACGCCGUGCACACACACAGAUGGCAGUGCUGUGGGCUCCUGCCUCUGCCGGACCCGCUCCUGUGACAGCCCGGCCCCACAAUGCGGCGGCUGGCCAUGCACUGGCCCCAGUGUGGAGAUCACCAACUGCUCCAGGAAUGGAGGCUGGACCCCCUGGACCUCCUGGUCCCCCUGCAGCACCACCUGCGGAAUUGGCUUCCAGGUGCGCCAGCGGUCCUGCAGCAACCCCACGCCGCGCCACGGUGGCCGGGUGUGCGUGGGGCAGAACCGCGAGGAGAGAUACUGCAAUGAACAUUUGCUGUGCCCCCCACACGUAUUCUGGACAGGCUGGGGUCCUUGGGAACGGUGCACGGCCCAGUGUGGGGGCGGCAUUCAAGCUCGCCACAGGACCUGCGAGAAUGGGCCAGACUGUGCAGGCUGUAACGUGGAGUACCAGCCCUGCAACACCAACCCCUGCCCUGAGCUGAAGAAGACAACACCCUGGACACCCUGGACACCCGUCAACAUCUCCGACAAUGGCGGCCACUAUGAGCAGCGGUUCCGGUACACCUGCAAAGCCCGCCUGCCUGAUCCGAACCUGCUGGAAGUGGGCCGGCAGAGAAUCGAGAUGCGCUACUGCUCCAGUGACGGGACCAGCGGCUGCUCCACGGACGGCCUUUCUGGGGACUUCCUGAGAGCGGGAAGGUACUCUGCCCACACGGUCAACGGCGCCUGGUCGGCCUGGACAUCCUGGUCCCAGUGCAGCCGCGACUGCAGCCGUGGCAUCCGGAACCGGAAACGGAUGUGCAACAACCCCGAGCCCAAGUAUGGGGGGCUGCCGUGCCUGGGGCCCUCCCUGGAGUACCAGGAGUGCAAUGUCCUGCCCUGCCCAGUGGAUGGUCUGUGGUCCUGCUGGUCCUCCUGGUCCAAGUGCUCGACAACGUGUGGUGGUGGACACUACAUGCGGACGCGCUCCUGCUCAAAUCCAGCCCCAGCCUACGGAGGGGACAUCUGCCUGGGGCUGCACACAGAGGAGGCACUCUGCAACACACAGCCCUGCCCCGAGAGCUGGUCAGAGUGGUCGGACUGGUCCGAAUGCGAUGCGUCUGGAGUCCAGGUCCGCACCCGCCAGUGCAUCCUUCUCUUCCCUGUGGGUGGCCAGUGUUCCGGAAACUCCACGGAAAGCCGGCCAUGCGCUUUUGAUUCUAACUUCAUUCCAGAAGUGUCUGUGGCCAGAUCCCGUAGCGUGGAAGAGAAAAGGUGUGGAGAGUUCAACAUGUUCCACAUGAUAGCUGUGGGGCUGAGCAGCUCCAUCCUCGGCUGCCUGCUCACGUUGCUCGUCUAUACCUACUGCCAGCGCUACCAGCAGCAGGCCCACGAUGCCACCGUCAUCCACCCCGUCUCGCCAGCCCCUCUCAACACCAGCGUCACCAACCAUAUCAACAAGUUGGACAAGUAUGACUCUGUGGAAGCCAUCAAGGCAUUUAACAAAAACAACUUGAUCCUAGAGGAAAGAAACAAAUACUUCAACCCGCACCUCACUGGAAAGACCUAUUCUAACACCUACUUUACAGAUCUCAAUAACUAUGAUGAGUACUAAUCACCCCUCUGUUUUUGGCCUCUUGUGACCCCCCCAUUCCUCAAGGCCUGUGCCCCCGACUGCCCAUGCUCCUGUGGCUGCAGAGGCGAAGUGUGGAGACAUGUCAAGUGCAUUUCAAGCCAUGCGCAUCCCAUUGCUGCCAAAAAUGCGUAUCUCUUUACAGCAACCAAAAUUGAAAUGUAACAUCAUGAAAAUGUGAUCUAAGCUCUUGAUCACUGUUGAGCGUGCCACAGUGUGAAAUGUUUGAUUACAUGCAGCCCGUUUCUCUAACAAGCUGAUUGUUUCCUUGAGCUUUUUCGUAAAUGCACCAUAUAUGUUCAUGAUGUUUUAAUUCAAGAAAAUAGGCACUUUAUCCACCUGCUCAACAAGGAGGCAUAGGUAGGCCCACAGUAUUUGAUAAAAUGAAGAAAGUAAAUGCGGCCAUAGAGUUUUUCCCGUGGGUCCCCCGUGGUCCUCAUCUGAAUCAUACUAUGGAAUUCUGGAAGCAACUCAUGUGUUUGGGCUUGGAAUGAUUCUUGCCGAGGAAGCCAAGGGGUUCGACCUGGCUGACAUCUGCAGAGAUGACAGUGGUAUGUGAGAACCCCAGCCCUUGGUCUUAUUAUGGUCACCAUGUUGUCACUGGGGGAGGUGACAGUAAGAGUACAGGCACAGCCCAAUGAGAACAAAGUGUUCUCCAGGCUGCUGGUCGACCAGCUGUAUCCUGACUUCUGGAUCUCACCCAUUCUAGAGCUGUUGACCCAGACACCCACCUGUCUGGCCUGUGGUAAUGCCCUGAGGAGCAAGUCUGUACUGAUGUUUAUUUCCUUCUCUUGCGGGACUUGAGUAGACACCACACCUUCGCUCCCCCACAAGGAAAAAUCUUGAACAUUUAUGACACCAAUUAGGGGAAAUAUUGAAAGUACUGAAAUAGCAUUGGAAGCAACAUUUUAUUCUCGGUGUUGUGGAAAAUAUGGGGAAAACGGAAAUGUAAUGAAAAGCAACUUUUUAUUUUCCAUCUCCCUGAUGGGACUGAAUCCAGAGCAUUGCUGGUGGGUGACCUUGGCUUCCUGUGGCCCAUCCCUGUGCUUAUGAAGUGCUACCCGAGCACCAAGCUGUUGUUUCCGCCUCCCAGCAGGGGAAGAGGUGAUGGGCAGCCCGUAGCUCUGGUGCCUUCUCGUGGACGCCCUGCCAUCCACCCACCCACCUGUUUCUCUCUGUGUGGAGGCGAGUGCAUUUCAGGGUGCACCUUUGAGAAGUAGGGCAGCUGAAAGUGAGCUUCUCAGUGAUCCCUGUGGCUCUGAGCGUAGCCCACUGAUAAGCAUCUCUGAGUGUUUUAAUACCAUUUGUGGGGAUACUCAGAGGGGAAAAAAAGAAAUGAUAGAGUACCCACAUCUGGUAUAUAACAUAAGACAGCCAGUUGGAUAAUUACUGAAAGUAAGAAUAACAUUGGAAAUGUUCGUCUGAUACCUCUGGGCAUUGUGACAUGGAUGUUUUAAGGCACGGGUAGAUGUUAAAACAUGCUGGUAUUGAUAAAGGGAAAUAUACAGGAUGGGUACUAAAGAGGUAUACAUACAUCUUAAUUUCUAUCCUAAACAAUUUAAAGAAACAAAUUCAGAAAAUGUUGAAAAAAUCUUAUUUUAGUAGUGAGAGUUGUUGAGUUCAAAAUAUCCUUAUAUACCCAAAUUUCAGGAAUGAGCUUGUAUCAAAAUUACAAAAUGGCUGGUGAGCUCCAGGAGGCCCAGUAAGUGGAAAUGAUAGCGCCCAGGGUCCUCCCAGAGGAGAGCCAGGCUGCAUCUCCACGUUCUUGUCCAGAGUGUGAGGCUGCUUCAUCUGUGCUGAGUCUACAUCACACACAGUGGUGGAAUUCACCUGAGGGUUCCUGCUUGUUCCAGGGCUAGAUUUUCCCUGGACGCAACAACUCAUCUCAUCACUCCCUGUAAGAGCUGUUUUCUCCUCCCUGUCCCUCCCAGAUACUGUCUAAGCUUAAAAGGUGAUUUUAUUUCCCCUAGGAACGAGGAUGUUAAUAUUUCCCCGGACUUGAUGGGAAAGUCUCUCUAAAUGGCAUCCCAGCUGGUCUAUUCAUCACUUCUACACAAUGGCUAGGGAAAACAUGCCACCACAGAAUCCCCUUGUCCAUGAUACAAAUUUUCGAGGCUGUCUUCACCAAAAUUCCCCUCAGUUUUCUUCCUUGCAUUCUUUUAAAAGGAAAUUCUUCUCUUUUUCCUCUUCGUCCUCCUCCUUCUUUCUCUCUCUCUCUCUCAUUAAUUAAAGUCAUAGUUUAUUCAUUUGUUCUGGCUGCUCUCUCCCUUCCUUCCUUCCUCCCUCCCUCCCUCCCUCCCUCCUUCCUUCUUCCCUCUUUUCCUUUCUUUCUUUUUUUAAUUUAACAGAACCACAAUUGGUUUAGAAUAAUUUUGGCUUUAAGUAAGGAGCCCCGGUGGCGAAGUGGUUAAUCAAUCGGCUGCUAACCAAAAGGUUGGCAGUUUGAACCCACCAGCUGCUCUGCACGAGAAAGAUGUGGCGGCCUGUUUUCAUAAAGAUUACAGCCUUAGAGCCUUGGAAACCCUAUGGGGCGGUUCUACUCUGUCCUCUCGGGUCACUGUGAGUCAGAACCAACUGAGCAGCAACGAGUAUACGUUAAGUAUUUGAACCAGCUGUGAAGUGGUGCCUUUUUUUCUGUUGGUGUAGAGGUGUUGUGCAUGUACGUGUAUGCUUAACAUUACCCAUAUCUCUCCUUUUGACACAGACCCUCGUGUUGCGGGCUAAUCCAGCAGUGUCUCCCAGGUUCCCACCAAAGCCUUGUAGGGGAACCCUUGCCACAUUUCCAAUUUCUGUAUGACUUUACAUUCUCUCUUUAUCUUUCUUUUCUUCCACUUUUCCUUUUUUUUUCUUUUUGGUAAAAGAAGCACAAUUAAAGACUAAUACUUUUGAGAUGCAUCGAGUAUUUUAACCCCUCUAAGGAACCCGAUGUCAAAUGACAUUUAACUCCUAGGGAUAUUCUAGAUGCUGUUGAACUCUGCCGGUUUUUACUGGAAAGCUGGCUCUUGUCUCACAUUUAUAUUCUCUGAAAGUAACUCCUGGUAUUGCUCAGGGUCCUCCCUGGACUAGACUAGUCACCAUCUAAUAUCCUACAGUGCACUAGCGUUGUACAGGAAGGAAAAAGCACAGAAAUCCCACACAUGGCACAGUAUAUAAGCCUUCUCAGACAGCAGUGGAGACAGGCAGUGUUGAUGGAGGGUUUUGUCACCCCGAGUGAUACGAGCCUGGCAAACCUGAUCUGGCUCCGCUACAGUCACCGGACUCAUGGGCAUUUCCUUCCAAAACUGCCCAUUUCAUUGUAAUGAUAUUUCUCUGCUACUGCCAUUUACUCCUUGCUCGAGGCAUCUGAAUUUCCCCCUCCUUUAGGGAUGUGUCCCUAAGACUAUCCAAGUAGAUUGUGAUUAGAAUUAGCAUUCACAUCGUAGGGAAUGAGGGUUUGGGGUGUGUGUAUGUCAGAUGCUAACGGAAUUGAAGAAGACAGUGAAAGGGUAUGAAGGGACCCGGCAGUAGAGAAACUUCCAUACCCAGAAAGGGCCAGUCCAUGUGGCUGGGUGAACCAGGGUCUGGCCCCAUUGGCUCAUGGAGUGAUGACAAAGACAAGAGAAGUAACCACGGGGAGGUCAGAUGAACAGGGUGACAGUGGAAAGGCAGGGCAGUCACUCCGAGCCCAGUGUAUGGAAGGACCUAGUGGGGGGGGGUGUGAUCCUCGAACUCUUCCAGGGCCCACUGCACAGGUGCAGGAGUUUUAGCUGAGGGUGUUCUUAUCUGCAAAGGGAUGAAAACUAGGGGGGUCAAAGCCUAUGGCGACGUGUGCCUUCUCUGGAUUCUUUGGCAGAACAAGUGGGUCAGGCCUCAAAGGUGUGGACAAAGGUCAGCGCAAGAGAUCUGCUGUCCCCAUGUGGCCACUUCAGGGGACCAGAGUGUAACUGAACACCCAGAGGGAAUUUUAAUGAUAAUACAUCAAGCCUGCAUGCUGCUAAUCAUUUGGUCUGGACACUUCCUUUGGUGCACCCUGAACACGCAGCAUUGUUUGCGUUUGAAUUACAAUCACCCUUAGGAUCCUUUACAAUAUUUUCUUCUAGAAUAAACCAUGAACAUCUCCCCAACACUGCCCAACCCCUCCCCACCUCACUCUGCAGGAAGGCUGUCCACUCUCUUUAGCCCCAGGGCAUUUUGACGCUUCAUUGGAAUUUUUCAUGCAUGCAUUUUGGGGGUAAAUCCAUUGCUUAUAUGUGAAUCCAACAUUUCUGUCUCAAAAGAUGGCUCUGAGGUACCUAACAACAGGCAACAGUUAUCACGGAUAGAUGCAGUCAACUGUGCCUGCCCUAAGGCAGUUUUCCUCUUCUAGGGGCUCAUGCUUCACGUCCCACAGCUCCAAUAACCAAUGUCCAAGAGUGUAGAUUACUAAAAUGGUGACCUUGAACUCAUGGGCAAACCGUUCACCAGCCUUAUUAAGAUGACUGCACUGGCCACGCCCACCACAUGCAUUCGGUCAAACGUCUGCAUUACUUCCUGGACCUGGUGAUUCCUGCUGGCAAGACAUAGCCAAUAUUUGAUUCACCACAGUGAGUAAUCUAUGGCAGACCCAGAAAGUUGUCCAAGCCCUUAGCUCUGGCCAGUGGGUGUGACAUGGGAGGAAAUGGAGCCAUAUUCACUUUGACCUCAGAAAUGCAUAAAGAGAACAUGAAAUAUUGCACAAGGCAUUGCCAUGUAAGGUAAAGUAUCUGGAGCCCAAAUGCCAUUUUGGAAUUGAUUUCUUCGGUUUUCAUCUGUUGAGGUCAUUAAUAAUAGAUUUAAGAAUGUUUCAUAACUGUAAACACUGAAAGCAUUCUGGUUAUCUGUUUUAAAUCUAUAAAACAAAAGAAUUUUUGCUCUGAUCCUUCUUUUCUCUUUUGGAUGUUGCAAAAUAAUGAACAAGAUGCAAUGUUAAAUCUUGGUGGUAAUUUCUAAAAUGACAGUAUUCCAUACCCAUUUUUCGUUGACUUAUAUCAAAGAUGCUUUAUAUACUCUUUUCAGCAAAUGGAUCGAAGUUUUCUUCAUUGGUCGUAUAGUUCAUUAGUAGAAAUCUGGUGCAUACCACGUAGAGAAGCAUCAGGAAUGGAAAUCCUUCCUCUUUUGAAAAUAUAGUUCGCACUACAAAGUGACUUGUUGUAUACCACCCAGUUGAUUCCAACAUAUAGUGACCCUAUAGAUCAGAGCAGAACUGUCCCAUAGGGCUUUCUAGACUGUAAUCUUUACUGGAGCAGAUUGCCAGGCUUUUCUCCCAUGGAGUGGCUGGUGGGUUCGAACCACCAACCUUCCAGUUAGCAGCUAAGUGCAUAACCACUGCACCACCAGGGCUUCUUGCGAAGGGACUUAGAGCAUUAUAAAAACCUAAUUCAGAGCCUGACGCAAAUUGCAUGGUUCCUGGUAAAAGCCAUCUCCUAUCAUCUUAGUAAAGAUCACAUUAGUUCUGCCAUAGAAAGCAGUCAAGCUUAUUAUUCACAAUCUAGUCGAUAUCAAUUCUUGCUCAAACAAACAUGUUAUACCACAUUGACAUGAUAAAGAUAAUUGGCCAAAGACAAUUUCAGGCCUGAAAGGAGAAAAGUAGAGGUGGAAAAUUACUGUUAUUUCUUAAACUAAAAUGUUCAUCAGGCAACCAAAUUUAUUUCAUCUCUCUUUGUGUAGCAGAAAUCUGAGGCCAGUAGUUCAAACGUGAUUCCGUACUUGCUUGGCUUUUUGGCAAUUUAAUGCUGCCCAACACUUAGAACAACUUAACCCAGUUCAAAUGUUGGAUAGAGACUCACACGCUGGGAGUGGGCACCUGGGGCUGGGAAGAUCCAAGCUACCCUCACAUCAUGCCGCCAAGAAGAGCAUCAUGAGCCGCCCUCGCUACAAGUACGGGCCACUUAAUUUCCCAUAAAAGUUGCCAGUGCCUUGCUUAAGAUGAUGAAUUAUCAUUUCCAAAUGUUAUUAGUUCCAAUUAAAAGCAGAGACUUGACUGGGUAUACUGUAAAGAAGACCACUCUUACUUGCCCCUUUAAACUCAGGAGUAAAACAUGACCAAGAAAGACAUCGCGGCCAGGUAUGAGGUUGGUCCCCUGGAUGCAGCACCAGAAUUGAUGCAAGGGUGUGUUCAGGAUUUAGGCUAACCCAGGCUCAGCCUUCCAGAAACUGACUUCACUUAAGUUUCCCAUCUUCCUAAACACACAGGGGGCUUGCCCUAUAAUAGGAAUCUGUGGAACUCAGAAGUUUUGUCACUGUUUUUCUUCAGGCGAAUCCACAGAUAAAGAACAACUAGAGGCAGGCUGGUGGCAGCUGGCAGACACAGUCAGUGGUCCAGCAAAAACCACCUAGAACAUCAAAGUCAACACUGUUUGUUAAGUUCACAAAGGAUGUCACUCUUCAUUUGGGUUAGGAAAGCAGUGUUUUUCUACUAAAGCUGAUUUCUUGUCCCUUAUACCAUGACUUGUCCAAUACCAGACUUGAACUUCUGCAAUCUGAGUGAAAGCCCAGGGUAGACCUAAAUCCAGACAUCUAGACCCAUUGCUGAAAUACUGACCUCUGCAGAGAAAGUGUAUAAACUUUGUCCAGUAUAGGAUUCUUCAAAAGUAUAUGAAAAAACUUGUGAGCUACACCACUUGAUGUGACUCCUGAAGAUGCUAUGGAGUGUUGAAUUCCUCGUUCUCUGUUAAUUUGCUGUUGCCUAUUUUGUGUUACAAAAUAAACUGAUUUGGCAUUGUUUCAUGUUGUCACUGAAUAUCUCCGUAGCGAUGUCAGCCCUUGGCAAACUUGCAGGAAGUUACUGACCUCACCCCACCUUUUACAUGCAGUCUAUAUGAAUUCCAGUGGAGCUGCUGGAGAUGGCUCUGCCUUUUCUGUCAUCUUAAUGAGCAGAUGGAGUUCUGGUACCUGUUUGGGACUCCGUGGGUUGCUGGGUGUUCCCUCACUGGGUCAUUGAACUCGCUGUGCGUUCUGUCAGUACACACAUCCCGACAGUCACAGCCAUUCUAAACCUCGUUUGACAUUUGAAAUAUAAGUUUCCAGUCGUCCGCAGUUUUAUCUUUCCAUCAGUGUGACAGUCUUCAAGGCUCCCCUGAGAGCUACCAAGGCCUGUAUCUCAGCUUGUUGCUUAAUGACACCUGACAGGUACAUUGUCUUUAAAAAUCAGCUUAAGACCCUGAGGUGGCAGCCCAGGCAGGUGCUCAUUAACUGUGACAUGGGACCAGUUAUGGAAGUUCAGAGAAGGGCAGCGAGGAAACCGCCCACACCUGCUCGAGCCUCAGCUCUGAGUCUCACAAAUAUGUGAUAAAUGUGGCCGAUGUAAUGGAAGUGAAAGCGGUGUCCACUCACCCUGCCUGCUGUCUCACCAGUCUCUAUUGCCAGACCCAUCCAGCUUUUGUAAACGAAAAAUUCAUAGCGUGAUCCUGAGGAACACUCAGCAAUGUUUCCUUUAGUAAUACUCCUCCCUCAUCUCUAUCUGCUAACGUUUUUAGGGGCAAAGAUAAAGUCCUGAUUAUGUACAGUAUAAAUUGUAUUAUAUUUUUUGUACUUAUGUUCUAUGUAAAUAGUUUGUCUCAUUUGAUUGUACGUGAGCAUUG